AUGUCCUCUGUAACCCCACAAAAAAAUACUAAUGAAGCGACGUUAGUUUCGGACUCGAAUGUGGCCUUGGCAUGUGGUGAUUUAGCUGCCGCUGACAGUUCCUAUUGUAGUAAUCAAUCCGUUACUGCAAAGCCUAAAAACAAGUGCCCUUAUUAUAAGUGGAUUCCAGUGUUACCAACAAACGAAUUUGUGAUUGUGAAUGGGUAUGAAAUACUUCUUAUUGAUGCCAAUCAUUGCCCUGGGUCCGUCAUGAUACUUUUGCGACUACCGGAAGGGGGUGUACACCUGCACACUGGUGACUUUCGAGUACACUCCAGUAUGCUACAGGCGCCGAGUAUUUUAGCGGAUUUUGUUAAAACUGCCAUCCCGAACUCCCGUAUCGGCACAGUUUUCCUUGAUACAACGUUCUGUGAUCCGUAUUACAAAUUUCCAGAGCAACAAUUGGUGAUUGCAGCGGCCGCACAGGUAUCUUUCCAGGCCCUACUUAGCCGCCCUGAUACUCUUAUCCUGUGCGGCAUGUACUCCAUUGGAAAAGAACGUUUCGUCCUCGGUUUAGCCGAGGAAUUGAAUGUGAAGGUGUGGCUUCCCAACAAGCAGCGCGGGCUGGUAACGGCGGCGUCGGAAGGCGGUUGCGAGGUCUGCCGGGCCCUCGUGGCGCGUUGCGUCGCCUCCAAGGACGAAGCGCGUAUCCACGUGGUCGACAUGAACGAGCUGAACCCUCGAGCGGUUCUGAAAAACCUUCUUCCCAUGGGUAAAAAUAUCAUCGCCUGGAAGCCGUCUGGGUGGAUGUACAACCCGUCUAAGAAGGCAACUGCUGCAACAAUCAAACGUUUGCCCUGUCCCGCCGAGGCUUUCGAGAGUCUACGCGAAUUCAUAUCGGUUGAAAUGGUCGCGAAAAAUGUCGUCGUCUUGGUCUUGGCAGUUUUCUUCAAAGUUAUGUAUUAUUUCAUACAUGUAGGUGCUGCCUAUAGUGAACACAGUAGCUUCACGGAGCUCAAGGACUUCAUUACUGCACUGAAACCAAUGAAAGUUCAGCCGACGGUUUUUGGCGGUUCAGCUAAAGAUGCACGAAAACACAUUGACAGUUGGCUUCAGGAAGAGAAAUUACUAAAACUACCCUCUGAAAACUCGUGA